AUGAACAAACCACUUUCUUUUAUAUUCUUUUUAAUUAUACUUAUUAAUGUUGCUAGUGUCCCGGCAACCGCUCAAAACAAUGAUAAAAGGUUGAUUGUAAAGUUGCCAACUUCAAAUGUCACAAACUUAAAAGCUUGUCCAUUCCCAAUGAUUUCAUUGAAUUCAGAAGAAGGCAUGCCACAGAAUGAUAAUUCAUUAUGUCGGGAUGGUUGUUGUUUAUCAUGUCCUAUAGUGAAUAAUUUUUAUAAAAAAGGUCAAAUUGACUUGAUAUAUCGUACUUUAAGCGUAAUAAGAUUAAUCUCAUUUAUCUGUGUACUAAUGUUGGUUGUCAGUUACAUUGUACUGCCUAAUAAACGGGAAAACCCCGCUUUGACCGUUCUCUGUUUCAAUAUAAGUCUUUUGAUCUUUCUUGGGGUGUCCUUCUUUUAUUUUGGAGAUUUUAAAAGAAUACAAUGCGUCGACCCAAUAACUCAAUCAACUAUGAAAAAUAAUACAUUAUGCGGUGUUCAAGGAAUUAUUUUAAUUUUCUCAACAUUCCUUCUCAUAUUAUGGUGUUUCCUUUUAAUUUUACACCUCCACUUUCAAACUGUAUGGAAUUCGACAUUUCUCCAAAAAUAUUAUAAAAUAACACAAGCAAUAAUUUUAUUUAUAUCAAUUGUAUUUGCAAUAUUGCCGGCUAUAAUGAACAAGAUUAAAUUUGAAUUUGGAGCUGUUUGUUUGGUUUCAUCAGAGUCAUCGAAUGAAUUAUUUUGGUAUCCAUUGGCGGUCUUCGUUAUUCCAGGAUUCAUAAUACAUAUUUGGACUUUUGUACAUAUCGGAAAAUCUCAGUGUUUAUUAAAUUCGGAUUUUGAAGAUUCAACAUUAGUGGAAGAAAAUUCAGAGACUUCAAAAGGAAGAUCAAUAACAGAAAUUACAGGUAGUGAGAUAGUGAGAGCAGUAAAAGUUCAAUGGCGUGCUCUUAUGCUAGCUUUAAUAUUUCUGAUUACUUACAUGAUAUAUUGGUCUUAUUAUAUUUUUGAAAUACACAGAAAAUUACAGCCAGAUACUUUUAUUAAAUCAUGGUUCAUAAAAUGGUUAAAUUGUAUUAUUGAGAAUGGGACCAAAAAUGAUGCACAAAACAUAUGUUCAGUUUAUGCGGUAGAUCAUGUCCCGAGUGUUGCAUAUUUAGCCACUGCCGAGUCUUUAACAGCAUUAUUAGGAGUUAGCAUAUUUAUUGUAUUUGGUACAAGUGUUGGUCUUUGGUCUGAAUGGAAAUUAUAUUUUAUGAAAAAAUUAGGUGCAUUCGAAACUUUUUCAAAUAAUUUCGAUAGUACUUGGGAUCCGAUGAUUUUGAGAUAUUUGGUAAAACUAUUAAAUAAUGAAAACGUUCUAGCGGAUCUCUACCGAAAACGGAAACCUUCGGGUAAAAAUAAAUCCACUAUAAUGAAAAAGCUUUUUCAGGAACUUUAUAUCAAGGUUUCUGGAGAGACUUUGCAAUUCGAACCCACCUCUGAAUUGAAUGAAUGGACUCAAUUAAUUUCCUCAAUUAAUUUUCUCAAUCUCUACAAGGAAAUCAUAGAAGCUGGGAAUGUUAGCAAGAAAACGGCUCAAAAGGUUAAUUAA